GCAAGAUGGGAAACAAAUUGCUGCACCAAAAAUGGCGCAUGAAACAGCAAAAUUUUGCCGCAAUACCGUGUUCAAAAAUCACACCAUUUUAGCAUUUUGCUGAGUUGGUUGGAGAUGGCCACGCCGCUUCUCUCUCAGUCUCUCUCUCGCUCGCUCGCCUUCUUUUCCACCUGCCCACACUAUCUCCGUAAAUCAUUUCGUACAGAAUACACACAUAGCCUUGAGGGGCCUUCGGCGUCGCAGAAGAAAAAAAGAAAGAAUAAAGGGAAAAGAAGAUUCAUUUGCAGUGGAACAGAAAGAAAGGUCUAAUUUUUUGCGGCGUGUAUAGGUUUACUAAUGGCGGGUGGGUAUAGAGCGGAUGAUGACUACGAUUACUCGUACAAGGUGAUGUUAAUAGGGGACUGUGGUGUGGGAAAAUCGAAUCUGCUUUCUCGAUUUACCCGGAAUAAGUUCAGCUUCGAGCCAAAGUCAACCCUUGGCGUCGAGUUCGCCACUCGCACGCUUCGUGUCGACGACAAAGGAGUCAAGGCUCAGAUUUGGGAUACCUCCGGCCAAGAAAGAUACCGAUUCAUCACAAGUGCAUACUGCCGAGGAGCUACUGGUGCAUUGCUUGUAUAUGAUGUUACCCGCCAUGUUACAUUUGAAAAUGUAGAGAGGUGGUUAAAAGAGCUACGGGAUCACACAGAUCAAAAUAUUGUCAUAAUGCUGGUGGGAAACAAGGCAGACUUACGUCACUUACGUGUUGUUUCUACCGAGGAUGCAAAGGCCUUUGCUGAGAAGGAGGGCAUCUACUUUAUGGAGACAUCAACUCUCGAGCCAUUGAAUGUUGAGAACGCCUUUAUGGAACUACUCACCCAGAUACACCAUGUUGCCCAUCGAAAAGUGCUUGAGGUAGGGGAUGAAGACUACGAUUACUUGUUCAAGAUGGUGUUGAUAGGGGACUCUGGUGUGGGGAAAUCGAACCUGCUUUCUCGAUUUACCCGAAAUGAGUUCAGCUUCGAGCCAAAGUCAACCCUUGGCGUCGAGUUCGCCACUCGUACGCUUCGUGUUGACGACAAAGGAGUCAAGGCUCAGAUUUGGGAUACCUCCGGCCAAGAAAGAUACCGAGCCAUCACAAGUGCAUACUACCUAGGAGCUAUUGGUGCAUUGCUUGUAUAUGAUGUUACCCGCCAUGUUACAUUUGAAAAUGUAGAGAGGUGGUUAAAAGAGCUACGGGAUCACACAGAUCAAAAUAUUGUCAUAAUGCUGGUGGGAAACAAGGCAGACUUACGUCACUUACGUGCUGUUUCUACCGAGGAUGCAAAGGCCUUUGCUGAGAAGGAGGGCACCUACUUUAUGGAGACAUCAACUCUCGAGUCAUUGAAUGUUGAGAAUGCCUUUACGGAACUACUCACCCAGAUAUGUCAUGUUCCCUGUCGAAAAGUGCUUGAGGUAGGGGAUGAUGACUACAAUUACUUGUUCAAGGUGAUGUUGAUAGGGGACUCUAGUGUGGGAAAAUCGAAUCUGCUUUCUCGAUUUACCCGGAAUGAGUUCACCUUCGAGCCAAAGUCAACUAUUGGGGUCGAGUUCGCCACUCGCACACUCCGUGUUGAUGACAAAGGAAUCAAGGCUCAGAUUUGGGAUACCACCGGCAAAGAAAGAUACCGAAGCCUCACAAAUGCAUACUGUGAAGGAGCUGUUGGUGCAUUGGUUGUAUAUGAUGUUACCAGCCAUGUGACAUUUAAAAAUGUAGAGAGGUGGUUAAAAGAGCUACGGGAUCACACAGAUCAAAAUGUGGUCGUAAUGCUGGUGGGAAACAAGGCAGACUUACAUCACUCGCGUGCUGUUUCUACCGAGGAUGCAAAGGCCUUUGCUAAGAAGGAGGGCACCUUCUUUAUGGAGACAUCAGCUCUCCAGUCAUUGAAUGUUGAGAUCGCCUUUACGCAAGUACUCACGCAGAUACAUCAUCAUCUAUCGGCCAUGCCAAAGGGGGAAACCAUAAACGUUGGAGGGAAGGAUGGUGUCAUCGCCUUCUGCCCUUCUCAAAUUUAGCCUCAACUAACUGCAUAGUCUCUUAUCCUUCCUUUUUUCUGAUCUGGCGUGCUCAUGUUUUGCUCUGAGCAUAGCGUUUCAUUUGUUCGCUGCUCGUUUUUCCCCAAACCCAGUGAACUGUGUUGAAUUUUUUUUAUAUAGCCAGUUCUUCAAACCUGGGUGGCAAAUGAACAUUGUAUUUUCUUUGUUCCCCUAUGAUUGAUUAUUACAAGUUA